CUCACACCAUGGCCACAAGCAGCACCGCUGAGAGGACACAUCAAAGAUGGCUUUUAUCGUUCCUUUCGGCGGCGCUCUCAGCGUCAACGUGGUGGCAGUGCACAGCGCUUCAUGGGAGGUUGGUACAUCCUUCAACGACGGCAGCAAGAUCAACUCCGCAUCCUCCCGCAUUCAGCAUGACACCGCUGCCGCACUUACCGUUCAUCGCUCCGUCUGGUCCAACGAAGCGACGACAUUCUGGCCCUUCCCGUGUGCAUGCCCACGCUGGUGAUUCGGAGAAAAGGCGGGCACGGCUUCUUCGUCGGCUGCCGUUCGCGCCCGCCUCCGAUGCGUCUGACUCAUCGCUGAAGGGCAUGGCCACCACAGCGACCGAAGAGGAGGUGGUCGCUGCAGCUCCACCUGCUGCCUCUUCAUUAGUGCCUACGACAGAAGGCACGCGGCUGACACUGUAUGCCGAGAGGAAAGGGAGCCUUGCAUUCGAGGAGAACGAGGGGGAGAGGAGUCUUCGGGGUGAGGGACGAAGGAAGGCACACUGACUGUCUGCCUCAUGUACUGCCAUUCGUGUGUGUGUGUGUGUGCCUGCCUGCUCAGAGUACCUUUCUCUACCUGCCGAGGAAUACUCUGUCCUCGACCCUCAAGCAAUCACCCGUAUCAACGCGACGGCUUUCAUCUACACGAUGCAGCCCUUGACCUUCCUCUCCCUCAAGGUGGCGCCAGAGAUGCUUGCAAUCGUCGAUGUGGAUGCCUCCGUCCCCUCAUCCCUAAUCCGAGUGGUGGAUGGGCGCAUCGGCAUGAAGGGCAGUGAGGCAUUGAGUGCCGGGAUGCUGUCGUCUGCACAGAGGGCUCUCAACAGCGUUACCAUACGCUCCUCCAACCUGUCCACCAUCUCGGCCGACCGGGUGAAGUGCAAGCGGACAGGCAAGGAGAACCCUAUUGUUAACUGCGAAACACGGCUGGAGGUCUCGUUCACCAUCAGCAACUCGAGCCUCGUCCCGCCCGAAGUGGUGCUGCGAGCAGGCACCUGGUGUCUGCAGAAGACACUCAAUCGGCUGGUCCCUGCAUUCCUCGGCCGGCUACGUGCUGACUACAGGCUAUGGGCUGUGGGCGAUGAUAGCCGCACGCCGCCGGCCGUCUCGGGAGGCAUGGGGGGGAUGGAGUGACCUGAAGCCCAGCCUGUCUGCCAGUGCGAGGGGCGGGGCAGGCAGUUUGGCACAGAGGCGUCUUUUUGGUCCUCUGCCUGUGCGCUUGGUUGGCUGAGGAGAGGGAGGGAGGGAGAGAUCAUCCAGUCAGAUGCCUGCAGGCAGUUUUGGUGCCGCGGUGGGUCCUUUGGUGGGGAUUGGGGAGUGAUAUCUGCUGGUGGCUGUACAUGUAUUUGUGGUGCGACGGCGGCAUGCACCAUUUAGGUCGGACCACUGAGAUCCUGAUGGGAUAAAACCUUGCAUUCCAUGCGCCAUUCAUGCUUCAUCUCAACGGCAGUCGAC